AGAACUCAGCCAGAUGAUUGGUGACGGAGGCAGGCCAGCGUUUAUUUUGGCUCUGCUACUCAUUUGUCUGCUGUCGCCGCCAUUAAACAACACGGAGGCAAUGUAAACCACGGAGAGUCGCGGAUUUAAACGAUGAUUCGAGGUGUUCCAGGCUUUGCCGGGGAUUGCUUUGUUCCGCCAGUGGUUAACGAGUCCAUGAAGGUAAACAUGUGAGAGGGCAGAGGAGUCGAAAUCAUUCGGAUUGGGAAAGGUUUGAUUGAGCCGGAGGAGGAGGAGAGGAGGGGAGGAGGGGGAGUGAACGAGAAGGGUUUGUUGUGGUUUUCGGCGGCGCAGCGCAGUCACGAAACGUGCAUCCAACUAAAGUAGUCCACAAUGACGGAGCAGAGGAUAAAGUGGGCCUGUGACUACUGCACCUAUGAAAACUGGCCAUCUGCAAUCAAAUGUACUAUGUGCCGUGCACCGAGGUUGAGGGGACCCAUUAUUACAGAGGAACCUUACAAAAAUAGUCCUGAUCUGGACCCCGGGCUGGAGUGGGAGCCUUCUAGAAGUGAAAGUGGCAGCAGCCUCCUCAUCUGUCCUGAUUCCAGUGCCAGGCCUAGAGUCAGGUCACCCAGUAUGGCUGAGAUUGCCAAUAAGUGGUCCUGCCAGAUGUGCACCUAUCUGAACUGGCCUCGUGCCAUCCGUUGCACACAGUGCCUCUGUCAGCGCCCGAGGACCAGCAGCCCCACUGAGUCCCCACAGACGUCAGGCUCCAAUGCAGGUUGCCGCCCUGCUCUCCACUCUCCUGUGGAUACCUGUGAGGAGUAUAAUGACAGAAACAGACUCAACACCCACCAGCAGCACUGGACAUGUACCGCCUGCACUUACCAGAACUGGCCCAGAACUACAAAAUGUGUGGUGUGUGCCCUCCCCAGGCCCAACAACCAAGAAGCCAUAGAGCUGGCCGAGUCUGCGGAGCCCUCACCCGUAAUCAACGAGCAAGACAGGGCUCGGUGGAGGGGCAGUUGCAGCGAAGGCCAGGGGCAAAGGAGAUCCCCUCCUAUGCCCAAGAGGGAAGAUCAUGUCACUAUGGAUUUCCAGAGGAUAGAGCUUGCAGCUGGAGCCAUGAGCAAAGAGGAACAAGAAGUCGACUUCAAGAGGUUAAAGCAGAUUAGGAACCGAAUGAAGAAAACUGACUGGCUGUUUCUUAGUGCAUGUGCUGGCGUUGUGGAGGGAGACCUGGCGGCAGUAGAAGCUUAUAAGUCAUCCGGUGGCGACAUUGCCCGACAGCUCACUGCAGACGAGGUGCAGCUCCUUAAUCGGUCCUCAGCUUUUGAUGUAGGCUUCACUCUGGUACAUCUGGCUAUUCGCUUUCAAAGGCAGGACAUGCUCGCCAUUCUGCUAACAGAGGUGAGCCAGCAAGCAGCCAAGUGCAUCCCUUCCAUGGUGUGUCCCGAGCUGACGGAGCAGAUCCGCAGAGAGAUUGCAUCUUCACUACGUCAACGUAAAGGAGACUUCACCUGUUACUUCCUCACCGACUUGGUCACUUUUACUCUGCCCGCAGAUAUAGAAGACUUGCCGCCUGCUGUCCAGGAGAAGUUGUUUGAUGAGGUGUUAGAUCGAGAUGUGCAGAAAGAACUGGAAGAGGAAUCUCCUGUUAUCAACUGGUCUCUGGAGCUGGGGACACGCCUGGACAGUCGCCUCUACGCCUUGUGGAACCGCACUGCCGGAGACUGCCUGUUGGACUCUGUUCUGCAGGCCACCUGGGGCAUCUACGACAAGGACUCUGUCCUCCGCAAGGCUCUCCACGACAGCCUGCACGACUGCUCCCACUGGUUUUACACACGCUGGAAGGAGUGGGAGUCAUGGUACUCGCAGAGCUUUGGUUUACAUUUCUCCCUCAGAGAGGAGCAGUGGCAGGAAGACUGGGCCUUCAUUCUGUCUUUGGCCAGCCAGCCCGGGGCCAGCCUAGAGCAGACCCACAUUUUUGUUCUUGCACAUAUUCUUCGAAGACCCAUCAUAGUCUACGGAGUGAAAUACUACAAAAGUUUCCGUGGGGAAACGUUAGGAUACACUCGUUUUCAAGGUGUGUACCUGCCUCUGUUAUGGGAGCAGAGCUUCUGCUGGAAGAGCCCCAUUGCCCUGGGCUACACACGGGGUCACUUCUCGGCCCUGGUGGCUAUGGAGAACGACGGCUACGACAAUCGCGGUGCGGGCGCCAACCUCAAUACUGACGACGAUGUCACAGUCACUUUCCUGCCAUUGGUGGACAGCGAAAGGAAGCUGCUGCAUAUUCACUUCCUGUCUGCACAAGAGAUGGGCAACGAGGAGCAGCAGGAAAAGCUGCUGAGGGAAUGGCUGGACUGCUGCGUGACAGAAGGAGGCAUGCUGGCUGCCAUGCAGAAGAGCUCUCGCCGCCGUAACCACCCCUUGGUCACCCAGAUGGUGGAGAAGUGGUUGGACAGAUACCGCCAGAUCCACCCCUGUGCCUCUCUCUCCGAUGGCGAGGAAGAGGACGAUGAAGAUGAGUGAGUGAAGGGGAAGUAGAGAAGAGAGAAAAGAGCUCUUAAAUCUGUGGAAUGGACAUUAUAGGGUCUGGGAGAGACUACCUUGCUAUCUACAUUUCCCCUUCCCCUCCCUCGUUUCUCCAAAAAUGUAAAUCUUUAACUUGUAAUAAUGCAUGUGUUCUGUGAGCUCUGUGGUAGAGAAGAUACCAGCACCAUCAAACAGAAUCCUGAUUACUGCUCCCAUGAACGCAAGUCCACUUGGUUUGCCUCCCUAUAGUCCUUACCGGUUAUCUUGAUGCUUCCUGUCAAGGUAAUUAUCUCACCGUGAGAGAAGUAAUAGCUCAUAUAGGAAAAAUAUACUGUAUUUAAGGAAAUCCUGAAGCUGCACUAGAUGGCAAAGUUCAUUUAUACAGAAUUGCCUGACAGAAAUUUUUGCUUCAAACUGAGAGGAUGAUAAUCCUUUUUGUGUGUGUGUGUGUGUAUGUUUAAGGUUUACAGAGCACUUGUUUUCCUGAUUGCUGAUCCCCUCUACAAAGCCCCAUUUGAUGUUGAAUUUAUUUAUUUGUUCAGAAGAGUUGGCACGCGGAGGCGAUACCCUUUGUUCUGCCCCGUUUUAUCUGUUUUUUUUGGUUGCUUUUUUUUUUUUUUGGAUCUUUUCAGUUGAAGUAUUGAAGUAUUUUAUUUUGCACAGAUUAUACAUAAAUUCUGUGAGGGGGGGGGACAUACAGGCUUACUGACAUUUCUAUGUGUGACACAGUUUGUGUUUGAGUGGGUGGUGGUGAUGAUGCUGGUGGGGGAAAGAAAACCAAACGCCCCGCCUCUUUCAGUGGACAGCGUUAAUAUUAAAUUUGACUCACUUGCACCUACUUACUUACUUGCAUUGUUCAUUAAUUCCCACCGUUAAAUUUGUUGUUUGAAUUGGUGACGCCACACACGCACGAUUGCUUUUCCUUCCUGUUAUAGCUGAAGUCACUGGGUGAUGGUGGAUCGGGAAUGUUUGAUCGCACACAAGGACACAGCCAAUAAUGUUCACAUUGUGCACCCACAUCAUCUAAAUAUAAGUAGGAUCACUGCAGUAUGGAGUUCUCUAUAGUGCAAAUCACGGUUAGUUUUAGAAGCAUGUCAUAAACUGUAUAUAAAAGAUGGCUUUAGCCUCGGUACCAUCACUUAUUGGUUAGUAAAGUUAUGUUGUAAAGGCUCAAAUUGAAUAUUUACAUCUUGGCCAUCAUGGUGCUUGAUAGUGGGGCUAAUUUGGCCAAGAAAAUUACACAUUCAGGACAAGAUGGGCCCCACAUCUUAGCUUUAUCAUCAUUUUUAACUCAGACGUGGGCCGUAAUUUGCAACGUGCAAAACAACAGUUUAGACAAAAUUAAAUACAAAUUUUUAUUAAAGUUUAAAUUUCUGAAUAAGACUUUUAAUAUUAAUUAACCUGCAGGGUUCUUUUUGUAGCCAAAGAGUUUCCCCCUGCUGGCAAUAUGAAGAACUGCAGGUUUAAGGCACUUUUCACUUAUGUUCCAUACAUUCAUCUUUUAUAUACAGUCUGUUAUUUUACCCCCUCAGCAGGAUUUUGUUUAAAACUUACAGAAUUACUAGAUCAAGACAGGUUUAUAAAAACAGACCUUUCCCCCCCCCUCCCCUUUAAAUUAAUUGUUCUGGGACUAAACAAUGUGAGAUUGUUUUUGUUUUUCCAUUCAAUAAGAAGUUAUUUCUUGUAGCCCCAAAUACUGGAUUUCAUUCUAUUUCAGUAUUGUCUUCAUCCCCCCCCACCACCACCAAGUGUUGGGGCUUUACACUUGUGAUAAAGCCCUGAUAUUGUGAUUUUUAUUUUAUUUUAUUUUUUUCAUAAUUAUGAAAUAUACACUUGCUGAUCACUUUAUGAAGUACACCAUGCUAAUACCGUGUGGACUCUCUUUUUUUGUCUUCAGAAUGACCUUCAUUUUUCAUAGCAUACAAUUAAAAUUGUAUUAGAAACAGUGCUCUGAGAUUUUGAUCAUAUUGACAUAAUAGCAUCACACAGUUGCUGCAGAUUUGUUGGCUGCACGUUCAUGCUAAUCCAUGAUGUGACUCUCCCGUUCUACCACAUCUGAAAAGGUGCGCAGUGAGAUCUGGUGACAAGCACAGCAGAUUGUCACAUUGAGAAACAAGUCUGAGAAGACUUGAGCUUUGUGAUAUAGUGUUAUCCUGCUGGAAGCGGCCAUCAGAAGAUGGGUAUACUGUGGUCACAAAGGGAUUGAGAUGGUCAGCAGCAUUACUCAAUAAUAAAUUGGUACCAACAGGAUCAAAAAGUACCAAGAAAAUAUCCCAUCACUCCAUCACUGAUACAAGGAACGAUGGAUCCAUGCUAGGAAUUUGGUGUUAUCAUCUAAAUGUUGCAGCAGAAAUCAAGACAUGCAAACCAGGCAACAUUUUUCCAGUCUUCUUCUUCUGUUGUCCAAUUUGACAAAUCUUCAAAUUGUAGCUUCAGCUUCCUGUUCUUAUCAGACAGACACAGCACGCAUGUGAUCUUCUGCUGUUGUACGCCACCUGCUUCAAGGUUCGAUGCGUUGCGCUUUCAGAGAUGCUCUCCUGCAUGCUCCGUGCACGAUUAAUGCACUUUCACCCAGAGAAGUGCCACUCACCUUUCUUCUCUACUGUACGGGGAAAUUCCCAGUAGAUCAGUAGUUACUGAUACUUACUAAAAUCACCUUUCUUCUGCAUUCUGCUGGGCCUUUGAAGGCCAAUCUUGACUGUACAUGGCUAAAUGUGAUUAUUUUCUUGCUGUGACAUUUGCUGAGUUAAACAGGUGUACCUAAUGAAGCGGCCAGUGCAUGUACAUGACAAGGGAGUAAACUUGUUUUACAUGAAAAUCAA